GGCGGCGGCAUGGCGAGGUUCCCGAGGGCCGACCUGGCCGCUGCAGGAGUUGUGUUACUUUGCCACUUUUUAAUGGACCGGUUUCAGUUCGCUGAAGGAGAGCCUGGAAACCAAAUCAGUGACUGGCAGCAUCAAGUUCCUCAGGCUCUCCCGCAAGCAGAAGAGGAGAUAGAAGUAGACACACAUACAUUCAGCCACCGGUGGAAAAGGAACACAGAUUCCCUCAAGGCUGUGGACACGAACCGAGCGAGCAUGGGCCAAGACUCCCCAGAGCCCAGGAGCUUCACAGACCUGCUGCUGGAUGAUGGGCAGGACAACACCACCCAGAUCGAGGAGGACACAGAUCACAAUUACUAUAUAUCCCGGAUAUAUGGCCCAUCUGAUUCUGCCAGCCGCGAUUUGUGGGUGAACAUAGACCAAAUGGAAAAGGACAAAGUGAAGAUUCACGGAAUCCUCUCCAAUACUCAUCGGCAAGCUGCAAGAGUGAAUCUGUCCUUCGAUUUUCCAUUUUAUGGCCAUUUUCUACGUGAAAUCACUGUGGCAACUGGGGGUUUCAUAUACACUGGAGAAGUGGUGCAUCGGAUGCUGACAGCCACGCAGUACAUAGCGCCUCUGAUGGCAAAUUUCGACCCUAGUGUCUCCAGAAAUUCAACAGUCCGAUAUUUUGAUAAUGGUACAGCACUUGUUGUCCAGUGGGACCACGUACAUCUGCAGGAUAAUUACAACCUGGGAAGCUUCACAUUCCAGGCGACCCUCCUCAUAGAUGGACGCAUCAUCUUUGGAUACAAAGAAAUUCCUGUCCUGGUCACACAGAUAAGUUCGACCAAUCACCCGGUGAAGGUGGGGCUGUCUGAUGCUUUCGUGGUUGUCCACAGGAUCCAGCAAAUCCCCAAUGUUCGAAGAAGAACAAUUUAUGAGUACCACCGAGUAGAGUUACAAAUGUCAAAAAUUACCAACAUUUCAGCUGUGGAGAUGACCCCAUUACCUACCUGUCUCCAGUUUAAUGGUUGUGGCCCCUGUGUAUCCUCUCAGAUUGGCUUCAACUGCAGUUGGUGCAGUAAACUUCAAAGAUGUUCCAGUGGAUUUGAUCGUCAUCGCCAGGACUGGGUGGACAGUGGAUGCCCCGAAGAGUCAAAAGAGAAGAUGUGUGAGAACACAGAGCCAGUGGAAAGUUCUUCUCAGACCACCACAACCACGCGAGCGACCACCACGCAGUUCCGGGUCUUGACGACCACCCGCAGAGCGGCCACGUCCCAGCUGCCCACCAGCCUGCCCACCGAAGAUGAUACCAAGAUAGCACUACAUCUAAAAGAUAAUGGAGCUUCUACAGAUGACAGUGCAGCCGAGAAGAAAGGGGGGACCUUGCACGCGGGCCUCAUUGUUGGAAUUCUCAUCCUGGUCCUCAUUAUAGCAGCAGCCAUUCUUGUGACAGUCUAUAUGUAUCACCACCCAACGUCAGCAGCCAGCAUCUUCUUUAUUGAGAGACGCCCAAGCAGAUGGCCUGCGAUGAAGUUUCGAAGAGGUUCUGGCCAUCCUGCCUAUGCGGAAGUUGAACCAAUGGGAGAGAAGGAAGGUUUUAUUGUAUCAGAGCAGUGCUAAGAUUUCUAGGACAGAACAGCACCAGUGCUGGUUUACAGGUGUUAAGACUAAAAUUUUGCCUAUACCAUUCAGACAAACACACACACACACGCACACACACACACACACACACACACACACAGGAGCCCUAAGCUACUGUAACCUGAAGAAAACAAAAUUUUGGGACAUGCUCCGCCCAGGAAAGGUACAAGAAAAACUAAAACUUACCCAAGAUACUAUUUCCACUGAACACAGAAUUCCCUAGUGGGGUGGCAUCUGUAGUUCACUCAGAAUAUCUCCUGUGGACUUAUCAGAAUUAUGACAAGAUUACAGUGCUAUUGGCUUAGGUGCAGGGUUGCAAAGGGAUCGAGAAAAAAUACUAAUAACAAAAUGUAGCUCACAAGGGAUCUACACCUUUGAUUCAAAUAUUCUUCUCUGAUGUCUCAAAGAUAACUGUGUUCAAAAGCCUGAACCCUUUCACUCAAAAGAGCAAUGAUGAAUGUUUCAAGACUGCUGAGAAAAAUAGUUCAUGAAGGAACAAAAACAAACACAAAAUAAGAGAUUUUCUAUCUUUUCAUCAGACGUGUGGCCAAAGGAUUGUGGUUUUCUGGUCUAGAUCUACCUGUUCCAACAAAUUCAUUACUUUAUAGGAUGAAUCUUUGAUCUGCACAGGAAGUUUAAACUAUGCUUCCCCCUUUCUUGUUAAUGAAUGCCCUUUCUAUGAUCUGUAACAGAAUUUUCAAACUUUUAGCCAAGGUUUAGGAAGGAGGGAGUAGCAAAUGAGGCUUUCCAUUCUCGCUCCUCAGAAUAAAACUUCAGAUUCGUUUUAUGAAGCGUGAAGUCCUAUGAAGCCACAUUUGCUCUUGGCUGAAGGAAACAAAAGGAUGAAUAGCUCCAUUGCCAUUUUUGAAACAAAAAUGUUAAGGGAUUCUAAGUCUAUGGGUAUAUUUUUACUUUUUGCCAUUUCAGUACUAAAGGCCCAUUUCAUUGUCGAUUCCUUUUGAAGAAGCCGUUCAAAUCAGCCUAUCCCUGGUGAUAAAAAGAAGGAAAGAACCCUGCUGAAUCAUCCCAUAAUUUUCUUUAAAGCACAUAGUAGUUACAUAAAUAUAUAUAUAAAUAUAUUUUUGUUUAUAACUAACACAAGGCAGGCUCUUGUGACUCUACGAGUGCAUUUUGUCAUCGAGACAAAACAAAUGCAAGGAGCAUUACUGCAUACUUCCAUGGAGUUGUAAAAUAAUCCUUAAUAUUAGAAUAUUUUUAUGUCACUUAGCAAAAGUGGCUCAAUUGGUUGCAGUGCAGAUCAUUUUCCUGCCUAUUUGAGCCACCCUUUUGUUCAUAUCAACCCCUCCCUCCCCGGCUAAAUAGAGCAGAUGCCAAAAGCUCUUUCAAUGAGCCGUCAUUUGCCCUAUAAUGAAAAUCCAGAUUUUGAAAUUUCCCCCUGAACGAAGAUAGAAAAGAAAUUCGUUUGAGGAGGAAAGUGGUUAAUAUAUAUACCGAGCUCCUAAUGUUUAAAAUUCAGGUACUAUGUGUACAAUUUCACUAACAUCUUAACCCAUGAAACUUACAUCCUGUGCCAAGAAGCUGUUGGUUUUUGUAGGGUACAGUGUCUACCAUUUGCAGAUUCGGGUAUUAAGAAGCAGAGAUGUCUUCAACAGCACUUUACUAACAGCGUAGCAUCUCUACACAGUGUUUAGGGUGAAUGACAUCAGUUUACUAACAGUAUCAUAUGUAUAUUCACACUUGUCUAACAUAAACUAGUGCCAUUUUCCAUCAUAUAUAUUUUGCUUUACAUUUUUAAGUACCUGGUGAAGGUGGUAAUUAUUUCCCUAAUCUACUUAGUUAAAAAUUGCAAGAAAAAAAAAUGACAAGCAAGGUGAUUAAAGUAUGUGAUGACAAUCUCUCUGCCGUAGCUUUGUUCAGUUUAUAUGAUGUAUCCCAACUUGCUUUUUUGUGGAGUAGGUUUGAUCAGAUAGAGAUAACCAAAUGACUUGCCAAUGUAACUGGUGCAACUGGUAUUCUACAAAGACAUAAGGGACACAUAGACGAUUCCUUUUAGGAUAAGAUGAUGCUUCUUUCACUAGCUCUUGUGGUAGGUGUGGCUUCUAAUCGCAGUUGAUUGACAGUUAUAUGAAUCCUAUCUAUAUAUACAACUUCUUACACAAUUCUUUGAAGCAGGAAUGUUAUCUUUAUACCCUCCCAUCUUCCACUUUUGAUUCAAAAGAAUUGGCAAUUUUGUAGAAAAACAUAAAAGCUUCUAAAUUGUUCAGUGAACUAAAGCACCAAGUGAUAGGGACAACUUUCUGGAAGGAAAAGGGCUGCUGAAGUGUGGGGAAGCUUCCUAACAUAACUAGGAGUUAAAGGUGGUAAGAUGUUUCUACUGUAUAUGGAUCUUUUAGUGGUAAGGGAAAGGCUGGCUGAAUCCCUUUUUUCAUGCAACUUUCAUUUUAUUGUAUGCAUCUCUGUUAUGUUCUUGGUGCCCAUUUAUUGAAAAAGAAGAGCAAGCAUACACAAUGUUUCUGGAAAUUCAGAAUAGAUGCUGAUGCUUUGAACUUCACAUAUAUUAUGUAUUAGAAGGAGCACAUCUGUACAUUGCUUAAUAAACUAUGAACAUAGAGAGAGAAUAACAAUUUUAAAAAUUGAGAAUAGCAAGGUAGCACAUACAAACUUCUGGAGAAAUCAGGUAAAUAGUUCUAUACAGGAAGUUAGCUAUUUCAUCUUAAUUGUUUGUAAAAACUAUAUUCAAUGAUUAGAUAAAAGUAUUAAAAGUCAAGAAAAAUAUCUUAAGCCAACCAGAUAUCUGUGAUCACAAUGUUGGUUUGUUUAUGAAUGAUUUGUACUUCAGGAUAUACUAAUAAAUAGAAAACUAAAGAUAAACAAUAACCUACAAUUAACCCCCAAUUAUUAUUUUAGUUUGAGAUACAUAGGGUAUUUGAUAACCUGUCACUUGUAGCUUCUAGAGUUAGUGUGUCCAAUAUUAUAUCCAGUAGCCAAAUGGUUAUUUAAAUCUACAUUAAUUAACAUUAAAUAAAAUUCAGUUCUUCAGUCACACUAGCCACAUUCAAGUGCUUAGUAGCCACAUGUGGCUUGUGGCUACCAUAUUGGACAACACAGAACAUUCCCAUCAUCACAGAAAAUUUUAUUAAGUGGUACUAUAGAAGUCUUUCGUUUCAUUUCCCUCCCCUUGAAGAGAAAGGAGAAGGCGGAGAAAGAGAAGAUUUAGUAGUUCUUAGCUGUAUUUAAGAAUUUGGAUCUCAGAAAGGCACAAUGGAAUAAUGAAAAAAGACAGCCAACCCAGCUUUGAGUCUCCACCGUUAUUUUGACAAAUUCACUUUAAUCUCCAUGAGUCGCCGUUUGCACUCUGAGAAAAUAAAACCAUUUUUCCCUAUAUUCCUUUAAAGAUUUUUUUAUGCAGAUUAACUAAAUGUACAAAUGCACUUACUUUAAAAACCUGAUGUCAGUGCAACCCAAAUAAAGCACAGCUGCUGGUACAGUACCAGCACGCAUUUGCAUCCGGGGGGAAAAUGUCCACCAGUCCACACAGCAUUCAAAGACAGUCAGAUCAAACACAUUUCUUGAGAGACUGCCAAAACAGGAUACAGUCAAACCAAACAGCAAACUUGCUUAAGUUUCUUUUCCCUCAUCUCAAUAUUUUGUGUUUCUAUUUCAUCUGUGUGACAUCUCUCCCAGCUAUCCAUCCUCUCCCACACCAAAGUCCCCUGGGUUCACCCUUCAGCUGGCUCUAUUCUUUAUUAUGUAGUCACUUAGCCUCUCUGGUUUCUUCUGAUUCCCCAGUUUAUUCUCCACAGCAAAGGGAGGCCCAGAAGCUGACCAGCUGGCUUCUUUUUAGAAGGAAAUACCUCAAACACAAAUACCUUUAAAUAUUUAGUUUAUCCCUGUAACACAAAUGUAAGGAGCUGUCACAUUAAAAUAUAAAUGUGUGGAACUUAAUUGUAAAAAAUUUACAAAUGAAAACUAUAUAAAAUGAAUAAAAUUAAUUUAAAUUAUGCUAAUAUACAGAUAACAUAUAUUCUCGGAUUAGUAUAAUGUAUUAAGGUUUGGCAAAAAAAAAUCUUAUGUUAUUUCCUCAUUCUAAAAGAAUAUAAAUUUGGUGAUGCCCCUAGGGUCUGUUGUACAUUUGAGGAAAAGUUUUCCAAGAACCCAUGUUGUGGUUCAAGACACUUCCGUUCUGUGAUAAGAAAUGAAUAUUUAAAUAAGACUAACUGAGAAAUAGAGCCUGUGGUUAUGAUUUCUUCCUCCUGUGAAAUCUUAUUUUGCUUUGCAUUCCAUCGGACAUUUUUCAGGUAUUUUAUUGCGAUGUGCUCUACUAAUUCCAAAAGUUGCUCUUGCUUUUUCUUUCCCAUCCCUGCCCCAACUCUUGGCUUCAGCAUCCGUAUACCAGAAUCAUGGGACGCCAUCUAAUUCAACUUCUUGUUUUCACAGACCAGAAAAUUGAGGCCUGCUGAGAAAAGUAAUUUUCCCAUUGUCUGAAGUAGGUCUUGAACACUCCUGUCAGGUUAUUUCUGUUCUAAUUUUCCUGCCUACACCCCUUUGUCAGCACAUGAGGCCAGCCAAGCAGCUCAGCAGGCACAGUCCGUCUCAGAGCUAGCUUUGUUCCGUUUGCCUGUCUACUCUGCCCUGCAGGACAGUGGACCAAUCUUCCUCUAUCAUAUCGCUGUCUCAAGAAUGGUGCCAUUUUCAUAAUCACCAGUAAUUUCAAGUUCUAGUUAUUACAGGGUUUUUAUUCGCUUCUUAAACUUUCUGAACUUUAUUGCCCUAAGAAGGCUUUGUUAAGCAGAUACGAGCUCUGUGGGAUUACCUCUUACAUAUAUAGUAAUAUUCCAUUGUGUUUGCAGAGUACUUUGACUCAUUCCUGUAAUUGUUUAUUCAUUCAACCACUCAAUCAACUUAAAUAUUUAUUGAGCACCUACAGGAACCAAGCUCCUGUACUAGAUCUGUAGUAUAUGAGUAUAGUAAUAAAUACAAGUAGUGAGAGAUCAGGCAUGCCACUGAUAAUUGUAGUAUGGCGAAUCCCCAAACACAAUUUGGCAAGUAGCUGUGAUCAAUAUUAUUACCCUAUCUUAUUUCCAAUUCCAAUUUUCUAUUCUACUUAGAUAAGGAAUUAUCGAGAAUUUUCCCAAAGAAUGUUUCUGAAAUGUGGUACAUCAAUGCAUGCACAUCUGUACUGUUUGCUCUAUUUCAAAUGCUCUCUUAAUUGCAUUGAUGAGAAAAGUUACUCAUUCAAAGUUGUCCCAGACCCUGGAGGACUUUUCAAGCCACUUGAAUUCUUUUUGACUAAAUAUAAUAGUUCACUUUUUGCACCAAUAUUUCUGUUGUGCCUUUGUGAAUUAUUAACAUUAUAAUUUUAAGGUAUUCCAGAAGCACCAGUGUAUCAAAGAAGCAUUUGCACUUUAGGCAUGUGUGGUUGUUUGUCAUUUAUUAGACUGUCUCAGGUGUUCUCAACCUCAGCACUACUGACAUUUUGGGGCCCAUUAUUCUUUGUUGGGGAGUGGAGCUGCAAACUGUCCUGUGCAUUUGGCUGUUUCCAAGUUUCUACUUCUGCUAACUGUAUGCCAAAAAUUCUGUCUCCUCUCUCUCUCUUUCUCUUUCUCUCUAUCUUUCACACACACACACACACACACAAAACACACAAUCUAGUUAUGACAACUAAUGUCCCCUAGGGUGGGAUUCGGAAAUCUACUGGAUUAGCUAGUAAGCUUCAUUUUUAUCAUAGAUAGGUUUUUAUUUACAACAAGACUGGAAUCAUAAACUCUUUGCAUUAAAAAGGAUUGUAAAAAGUCAGUAAUUCAGACACAAUCCAAUAUCAUCCUUAUCUAUUGCUCCAUCUUUCAGUUCUACAAAUUUACUGAGCGAAGAUGUAAAGAUUGGUAAUCUCUAGAAACUUGGGAAUUGACUUUUUAGUAGCUAGUGAUCAGGCUGUUCGGCAGUUGGGCUUGCUGGUGUAGCAGCUGCUGCAGUGGUAUUCACUUCAGUUUGUAGACUUGGCUUCACAAAACUUCAGUGUCUCAGAGACUGCUUUAAGGAGUUUACUCCUGGUCACGUCACACAUCUACAAAUCUUGUUCCUUCAUCUUUACGUUCAAAAUGUGCAGAGAAGUUGAAGUUUGGUGCUUCUAAUUUUAAGUGUAUCUGGUGAAUUUUCUAUUUCUGAUACUGAUUGUUUUUUAUUGUCUCUCUAUGGGGAAAAAAUUUUAAAACCUUUUCACUAUCCCGAGUAAUUGAAAAUUGGAAGUUUCAGAUCAAGCCAAAGUUUCUACUGAUCUGAUGUGCCUUAUGUCAGUUUUCCUGUAGGGUUAGUGAUUUCCUAUGGAUAACUCUGAAUCCAUCCAUUAGUGCUUGUGUCUUUUCUACACCAAUUAAAACACUUGGUGAAGUUCUACAAAGCCUGCCUCUUAAGAAUAGUCCCAAAAUUAACAGCAACCCCUCCACUGGCCUAUCAGGUCUCCCUGUAUUCCUUUGCUGAAAGCCCAACCCAGACUCUGAAAGCACUCAUAAUUAUGGACUACAAGUCACUAGUAUGGAUACACAAUUGAAAGCCUGGACUACAAAGUCAAAGCGUAUAGAAUAUUGACAAGCACACCCAGAGUGAGCUCUCAUAAGACAGUUGCAGAAAUCAGAAAACCAUAACAUAGAGGGCCUCAAGUAUGCAUAUAAUUUUCUACUCUGCUACUGUCAUGUCAGACAGUAUGGUAUUACUUAACAUUUUGAUUAAGUGGAUCUUCAAUUUCAACUUAAAUUAUAAUAGAAUAGCCUAAUUAUUGCCUCACAUAACUUUUAAUCCAUUUAGUGCCCUCUGUUCUCACAUUGAUUAUUGAAAAGAAGUAAGAUGAUAAUUAUGAAAAUAAAGUUAUAUAAUUUCUUAAGUCAUUUCUCCAUAGAAGUUUAUGGAAUACAUCAUCAUUUGCUGCUUAAUGUUAAUUCUUGUUCAUUUCCAGAUCAUUAUUCACACUAUAAGAGUCAAUGUUACUUUAAACCCAGAAUAAAAAGUUGGGAAAAAAACAAUGCAAAUCAUAUGCUGGUACUCAUCCUUUUCUAAUUUCUAAGAUUUAUAAACAUUUGAGAAUUACUAAAAAAAAAUUCUCUCCUAACGAAAUACAGUGAAAGUGUUGACAUGGCAGAUAGUGACAUGUUAAUUUUGAAGCACAUCCUCUCUUUUCUCAAGCAUUACAAAAAAUUAUGUCACUUACUCAUCAUGCAGCUAUAAGCCUUUUGUGCCUACAGAAUAGACACAUAGAAUGAAACUAAUUUUAGAAGUUUGUAUGUGGGGAAAGAUAAACAUAAGAGUGGGUGGAUGGGAAUGAUUCACAGAAAAAAUAAAGAUCAAAAUAUGCUAUCAGGCAGAGGUUUUAAUUUUCUCUGAGCAAUGUGCAAAUAAAUAUUCCAGUAGGAUCAGCUCAAAGUUAGGUCAUUCAGAUAGUGGGACACAAAUCCUGCAAAUCAUGCUAGAAACACGUGACAUAAAGAAAGUAAAGGAUGCCCCCAAUUAAUCAAAAACUUGGGCAUCGUCCACCUGUUCCUCUCCUAGAGCACUGAUCCUAAAUCACUGAGGCCUUUGUUGUAGGGACCUGGGUUACUUAUGGUCAGGUAAUGACCAAAAAGAGACUUCCCAUUCAUCUUCCUGUGACUUACAAACCACAUUCUUUGGUUUCCUCAUACCAGAGACCACGUGGGAGCCACAACACACAGGCAAUUUUAAAAAAAAAAGUAAUUUUUUUAAGGAAAAGAUAAGAAAGGGCACUUUCAACUGUGGACCCAUAGCAGGAUCUCCGUGAAGUCUGACCAUCUCAGGGCAGACUCCAGGACUAUUGUCUAGACAUAGUAGUGGAAUUUGUGAUCAUUUUAACAGUGUUUGAACAAAAACAUGCUCAGAUUGUCAUAUUUGUAGCAGGGCAAUAAAAUCUCAAAUUAAGUGUCCUCUACCAGGCUACUUGGAAAAUACCAUUAAGUAAAAUCAGAGCUUCCCUUGCUAAGAAAUGUUAAAAAUCACUUUAGGGAAAUAAAUUAAGUUUCUCUGGACAGACAUUUUGUAUGUAUUAUCACUAAAUCUCAGGGCCCUAGCUGAGAGGGGAAAGUCUUUCACAGGUUGGUCAAAACAAAUCUUUCACUUGCUUCAUUUGAGGCAUUUGGGCAGUGCCUGGGAAGUACACUAUUUUCAGAGGGAAAAAGAGACAGCCUUUUUUGCAUGCCAGCUGGGAUCAUGGGAACUCCCAAUGCCAGGAAUUUACUACUGUUUCUGGUAACUCUGCUUGUAGCAAUUUGAAACGUUGAAGUGUGAAAGGAGAAGCUGGGCACCCGGGGGCUGUCUGUGUUUUAUGCCAGUUGCACCAGCACACAGAAUAUUUGUAAAUGCAUUUCGAAGUGGGUAUAAUUGUAGCCUUUGUCAGAAUCACAAAGCCCACUGUGGUGCUGCUGAGAGAGAACACUGGGGGGAAAUCUGACCCUCUGAACCCAGUCAACCUCAAACAAGGGAGGAGGACUGUGUGGGUGAGCACAGCACAUAGCAGGUUUGUUUCUCACUCUUUUCCAAAGCACAGUCCGUCCAUCAAAUCAAGGACGUGUCUUUCAGGCGAAGGUUAAUUUUGCGGAAGUUUUCCAAAACUUCAUUUACUACAGGGUUUGGAAAACGGAGUAUUUUGCAUUUAGUCCAGUCCUCUGGGCGUCGUGUCUGCUUCCUCGGCCAUGUUAAUCAGACGUUCUGGGCUGCACUCUCUCAGGCAGAGAAUAACAUCUUCAUACUCCACGAUGACCUCAUGCUUGAUGUACCUGAACCUGCAAAUGUAAAAAUGAUUGUAUCUGAUUUUGCACUAAAUGGUGUCUGAUAGCAGAAGAGAUGUGAUCUUUAUUGAAAUCUACUGUUUAAAUUCAGUAAUUCAGAUGCUACAUACUUCUGCAAGUUUCUUGCUUCUUUUCACUGUAAGAAUAAUUAUCUAAGUUUGAAUGUAUUUCCUUACAGCUCAUCAAUUUACCAUCUCUCUUUUACCUGGAGAUCCUAUGAUUGCAAUAAUUCAUUAAAGGUUUCCUCACACAGCUUCUUAAACCAAGUGUUUCUAUAAUUCUUCUGGUUCUGCUUACAGUAUGUGGGAAAUCUUUUUUUUUUUUUCUUCUUCUGAGUAAUGAGUUUGUAAGAAAGCCAGUGUAUCUAUCGACUGCCAUGGUGACAUAAUUCAUCUUUAAAGGUCUGGAGGCGGGUGGUAGCCAAAUGUUACCUGUGUUCUCUCUGUUGAAUGCUAGUUUCAGGAUUAAAUCACGUUUGAUUUUGGUUUUCACUUUCAGUUAAAGUCAACAAAUUUGGGAUCUUAGAAGGCGGAGAAGGGAACAAUUUGUGUAAUACUGCUGUCAUAUUUAACUACAUAUUAAAAACAAUAAAUGAUCAUUUUGUUUUAAUUUCUUAAA